CACCCACCACAGUUUGCCUGUUUGAAGCUCCAGGCCACAUUCAUCGUUGGUAUUUGGUGGAACGAUUCAGAACGAGGCCUUAAAAUGCCCUCGAGACAAAACUCCCCGUGUUUUUCCCUUACGUGCUUUUUUCUGCUACUUCUGUUUAAAGCUCUACUUCCGGGUCUGGCUGCCCGGCCGUUACUUGUGUUUUUACUCGACGGCUUUCGUUAUGACUAUUUAGAUGAACUACAUGAACUUCCGGGGUUUCGCGAGCUCGUGGAGAGAGGAGUGAAGGUGGACUACAUGACUCCAGAUUUUCCGAGUCUGUCAUACCCAAAUUACUAUUCCUUAAUGACAGGCCGUCACUGUGAGACCCAUCAGAUGGUUGGAAAUUACAUGUGGAAUGAAGACUUAAACAAAGAGUUCCUUAUUGGAACCAAUCCUGAUAGUCGGUUGCCUCUUUGGUGGAAUGGAUCAGAACCUCUCUGGGUCACCAUGCAAAACCUGGGAAAGAAAGUUUUCAUGUACUUCUGGCCUGGCUGUGAAGUGGAAAUUCUGAAUGUCCGUCCAGAAUUCUGCGAAGAAUAUGUUGACAGUCCAUCAAAAGAAGAUCUUAUACAUUCAAUAAMCAGUUCACUUGCUGCCUUGAGUUCAGGAAAAGCAGACAUGGCAGCUGUUUAUUAUGAGAAAAUAGAUGUGGAAGGACAUCACUUUGGCCCAGARUCUCUUCAGGUCAAAACAGCUGUGCAACACCUCGAUCUCACCAUGCAGAUCCUAAACCAAAAAAUCAAGGACAGCAACCUGGAGAAUCAGCUAAAUGUGAUGUUAUUUUCAGACCAUGGUAUGACAAAGAUCCAGUGGAUGGAGAAGGUGAUAGAAUUGGACAAAUAUAUAGACAUGUCAGACAUUGUGAAGAUGAUGGACAGAGGACCAGUAGUCAGCCUGUGGCCUAAAAAUACCACAUACCAAAAGGUCUAUGCUGCCUUGAGCCAGGUCCAUAACAUGCGUGUCUAUUCCAGGCAGGAAAUCCCUGAACGRUUCCUUUACAAAAAAGGGAACUUUGUUUCCUCUCUCACUUUGGUUGCUGAACCAGGCUGGUUUAUCACUAAGGUAUGAAAUAGCAUUAUAUCAACAUAUGUAAUUUUUUAUUUGUUAUCUCAUCCGUUUUAGAGUAUUUGCCUAUGAAAAUAGAACAUGAUUUUGCAGCUAAUAGUUUAGUUACAAAGUAAAAUAAAUAUCAAAGUUAAAAAGAAGCCUCACCUUAAAUUCAGUGUAUUUACUUACGAAAUUGCUCAUUUGCAAUUGCAAAAUAAAAAACUAACUGCCCACAUAAAAAAUAAAUAUACUAAGCAUGUUAAACUUCAGCACACUUGAAGCUAUGGAGGAAUUCAAAGGUGCUAAA